CAGCGGUUCUUACGGAAGAACAAGAAAAUUCAAGAUGGAUGACGAUCUUGAACUUGAGCAUGAGGGAGCAACUCAAGGAUCCACCUCACAGCCUGUAAGAAGAAAUAUUUCCUUAAAACUAAAAGCAAAAAGCAAGUCAGCAAGUUCCCUUACAUCUGGAAAAAGCAAGAAAAAGGAAGGGAAAAGCAGUGAAAGGUCUAGGAGUGGAUCAGAUGGUGACAAAGAGAGUAAGAAGAAACAGAAGUCUCCUGGUCCAGCACAGCAGGUGGUGGUCAUGAGAGAGCUCAAAUGGGAUCACCAGAUUGUCCCUAUUGGGCAAAAAGUACAAGAUCCACUUCUUCAUCUUUGUGAGAAAUGCGCACUGCCUAUUCUUGUUUAUGGUCGACUGAGUCCUUGUAAACACUCCUUCUGUUUGAAUUGUGCUGAAAAGGGAAAUGGAAAGUGUCCAAGGUGCGGUGAUGGUGUUCAGCGGAUUGAACGAGCACCGUUGGGCAGUGUGUACGUGUGUUCAGUAGGCGGAAGCCGCUAUGGAAUCUCAGGAUGCCGCCGAAGUUAUUUCUCCCAACGAGACUUGCAGUCGCACAUCAAAAGACGUCAUCAGAGAGAGCAGGGGGGAGGGGAGAGUGAUGGAGGUGAAGAUGCUGAGAAUGAGAUACAACGCGCCAUGUUUCCUCAGGUAGCACCCUUUUUUCCGGCCCCAUUGCGUGAGCCCCUGCCAGCAGUGCCCCCUCACCCUAUUUUACCAGGUGAAAGAGCUUUUGGAAACGUAGCCCCAGUACCCGUGAUGGACGCACGACAUUUCCCUGGAGUGCCUACUAUCCCACGUGAAACGUUCUUCAUGGAGGGGCCACGCCAGCAGCAUCCGGUAGUCAGUGGUUUCCCUGCUCAAGCUCCUGCACCAGCCCCUAUACCUCAUGUCCCUCAAGGAGCCUUUCCACGACCUGAGCAAGGACCCUCUCCAAGAUUUGAGGAGAUGCGAGUGCCGCGGCCAAUGGCCCCUACACCUAUUGACGAAGGCUUUGGGCCUAGACCAGUGGGGCCCGGCUUCCCAGGAAGAUUCCCUGGGCCACCACGAGCCGAGGCGGAAUGGAUUCCGGGUGAUAGAGGCCCUCCUGUUAGAGGAGAAAGGGAAUGGAUGCCACCUCCAGGGCGGGCAGAGAGAGACUGGAUUCCACCUAGAGGCGUAACAAACAUGGUUCCUCCUGGGGCACCUCCCCCAGGGAGACCCCCACCCGGGGACCCUCAUUUUAGACCGGGUCCGAUGUUUUAAAGUCUUAUGGCUGUAAAAAAGACCAACUAGUGGACAUGUGAAAUCGUUACAAAUAUUACUUUCAAUUUUUUAAGAUGAGUACGAUCUUAAGCCUUUGUGUUUGGCUCCAGCUCGCGUAGCUCUUGUUAAAAAUGAACGAACGAAAUUCUCCUUUGAAGACAUAUUUAGGUUCCUGUUGAUUUUACAUUACUACGCGGUACAGCGGUAUCUCCGGAAAAAGCGUGCUAUCCUCUACCAAUCAGAUACAAAAUUCUAGCCAGUCGUUUUCCCACGCUUAGUUUUCAUUGGCACAUUCACCUUGAGUGCUUGGACUAUUUUCCGUAGCUCUGACUUUAUUUGGGUUUUUUCCGACGCAACUGAGCACUUUAAAACGGUUACGGAAGGAAUCCUCGUCUCCUUUGCGAUUUUCUGGACUCUACGAGCAAGAAGUUUGUACGAUACUUACCUGAGUGGCGAUUUUUUUUUUUUUUUCAAAGCAAUCUUAGUCGAGUUUUGAUAGUAAAGAGGAGUCGUUUUGGUUGUAAUUUACUCUGCACUGUGAUUGGUCUAAAAAAAUCGCAUCUCAACCUAUCAGAUGCAAAAUUCUAACUAAGGGUUACUCUUCGCUAGCGUUUUGUCGCGUUGUAGGUAGUUGGAAAGUUUUUGCUCUGAACUCUCAUUUGCCUUUUGUGCUGUUUAUCUGUUCUCUUAUUGGUCGUUGUGAAGACUGCGGGUUUUAAUUAACGACGCUCGGUAGAAAUGUGGUGUACACACGAAUAAGUGUAUGAAAUGCGUUCCCCUUAAGAAUUGUAUCCUCUCAACUUUAUUUAUACCAAAUAAAAAGGCAAGAAAAAUGAACGAAAA